AUGGCACUUCCCAGCAACUUCCUGUUGGGGAUUUGCUGCCUGGCCUGGCUGUAUUUUCUUCCUAGCCUCAGCUCUCGGGCACCUAAAGGAGAGUCCCAGGCUGCAGCUAGUACAAAUUUGGAGUCUGAGGCCUACCCCUGGUCCUUGCUGCUGCCUACAGAUGGGACCGACAGGUCAGGCCUCCUGCCUCCUCUCUUUAAGGUCCUAUCUGACAGGCGAGGUGAGGCCCCUAAGCUGCAGCCUGACUCCAGAGCGCUGUACUACAUGAAAAAGCUCUACAAGACAUAUGCUACCAAGGAAGGGGUUCCCAAACCCAGCAGGAGUCACCUCUACAACACUGUUCGGCUCUUCAGCCCCUGUGCCCAGCAGGAGCAGGCGACCAGCAACCAGACACCAGGCCCCCUGCCCAUGGUGGACCUGCUAUUUAACCUGGAUCGAGUGACUGCCAUGGAACACUUACUCAAAUCAGUCUUGUUGUACACUCUGAACAACUCAGCUGCUCCCUCCGCCACUGUGACCUGCGUGUGGGACCUUGUGGUAAAGGAGCCCAUGUCUUCUGGCAAAGCUCCCCCGAGAGUGCCGUACUCAUUUACCUUGAAGAAACACAGAUGGAUUGAGAUGGACGUGACCCCCCUCCUUCAGCCCUUGGUGGCCUCCAGUGAGAGGAGCAUUCACAUGUCUGUCAAUUUUACAUGCACAAAAGACCAGGCCUCAGAGGACGGUGUGUUUAACAUGCCUCUGUCAGUGCCCCCCUCACUCAUCUUAUACCUCAAUGACACCAGUGCUCAGGCCUAUCACUCCUGGCAUUCCCUUCACUCCACCUGGAGGCCGUCACAGCGUGCUGGCCAGGACAGUGUGGCUGCCCAUCCUGUAAAAGAGGAGGCUGCUGAGGUGGAAAGAUCUGCCCGGCACCGCCGAGGAGGGCAGAACGCCAUCAGCUCGAAGGCCAAGAAGCCAGUUCUUACAGCACCCUUCAAUCUCAGCGACUACUUCAAACAGUUUCUUUUUCCCCAAAAUGAGUGUGAACUCCAUGACUUCAGACUGAGUUUUAGUCAGCUGCAAUGGGACAACUGGAUCGUGGCCCCGCACAGAUACAACCCUAGGUACUGUAAAGGGGACUGUCCCCGGGCGGUCAGGCAUCGGUAUGGCUCUCCUGUGCACACCAUGGUCCAGAAUGUCAUUUAUGAGAAGCUGGACCCGUCGGUGCCAAGGCCCUCGUGUGUGCCAGGCAAAUACAGCCCCUUGAGCGUGUUGACCAUCGAACCGGAUGGCUCCAUUGCUUACAAAGAAUACGAAGACAUGAUAGCUACUAGGUGCACCUGUCGUUAGCCUGGGGCCCUCUGCACCAGCGCCUUGAGCCUGGCCGCCAGAGCAAUCAUGUCUGGGCAGAGAGCUCCACGUAACCAAUCUCUCCAUGUCGCUCAGCGCACAUUGUGUGAGGGGGAGUGUGUGUGGUUGAGCAUGUUGUGUGUAGUAUCUGUGGGUAUUAAAGGACACACAAUGGUCGUUGCCACAACCCAAGUGAAAUGGUAGCUCGUAGGGAGAUCUUCCUUUUUUUUCUUCUCACGAGUGUUGUUUUUGAUGGACAAAUGUAUUAGCCUCAUCUUGAGUGGAAAUGUGGCUUCAAACACUUCAGAGUGCUGUGGUUUUAUGUAACAGAAUA